AUGGGUGAAAGAAAAAAGGGAGGUGGAAUGGGGUUUAGGGAUGUUAAUAUGUUUAAUAAGGCUAUGCUUGCCAAACAAGGGUGGAUGCUGCAACAAAAUGUUAACUCACUGGCAGCAAAAAUUUUCAAGGAAAAGUAUUACAAGCAUAGCCAAUUCAUUGGGGCAAAGCUUGGUUAUAAGCCAUCAUUUAUGUGGAGGAGUUUAUUGGAUGCACAAGAUCUGAUCAAAGCAGGUAUGGUGUGGAGUGUGGGUAAUGGGAGGAGGAUAUCAAUUUGGAAUGAUAAGUGGCUUCCCAAUUCUGUAAUUUUUCAAGUGAGAGCACCUAUUAGUAUCCUAGCUGCUGAUGCAAAAGUAAGUUCUCUUGUUUUUAAGGACUUUCAUUGUUGGAAUGAGAGGCUGAUUUGUGAGAUUUUCAGCAGGGAAGAGAAUGCUCAGAUCUGCAGUCUACCACUCAGCAGGUAUGGUGAGGAUGAUAAAAGUUUUUGA